UACACCUGUUGAGAGAAGUGGACUGUUAGCUGGAAAAGCUGAGUUGGCUUCAACAGUGUUCAGUUUUCCCGACCCGGGUGUUGGACCGAAGAGGAAGCGCCUCUAAAAUCAUCACUAUUAACAGCUGUCAUGUCAGAGUUGAAUAAAGAAGUGGUGGAUUUGGUUUGGGGCAGACCCCCCAGUGGAGGCGUCUCUACCUCCAUCUUCCGCAGAUGGACGCAAGGAUUUGUUUUCAGUGAAAAUGAACAGACAGCUUUGGAACAACUUGAAGGAGGGCCAUGUGCUGUCAUUGCACCUGUCCAGGCUUUCCUUCUAAAGAACAUUCUCUUUAGCAGAGAAAGUCCAAACUGGAAACAGGCAUCAGAGGAGGACCAGAAAACAGCCUUGUGUUCCACACUGAGUGAAAUGCUGGAGUCUGCCUGCUCCAGUCCCUCCACUGGGUUCUGCCUGGUGACCUGGGCAAAGGGACAAAGCCCACAGACUAGCACACAUGCCAACACACAGUCACAAACACAAGACACGCCAGAACCAGAGAGUAGCCAGCCGCUACAGGAGCAGCAACCAACUGCUGUGGCUGCUGAGGACCUUGGCUUCGAGCGAUUUCACAGCGUUCUCCACAAGCGGACUGUGAUGUCAGUGGCCGAACUCAGAGAGGAGGUGCUGUCUCUCUACCACACCUGGAGGGGGUGCUGCGGAGUCUUGCUAUUUCUCUACUCUGUCAUCCUAACUAAGGGCAUUGAGAAUAUACGAAAUGAGAUCCAGGACACCAUGGAGCCUCUCAUAGACCCUGUGCAUGGCCAUGGCAGUCAGAGCCUGGUUAAUCUUCUUGUAACUGGCCACGCUGUCUCUAAUGUCUGGGAUGGAGACAGGGAGUGUUCGGGCAUGAAACUACAUGGUAUUCACAAACAGGCAUCGGUUGGUUUUCUUACGCUCAUGGAAUCACUGCGCUACUGCAAGGUUGGAGCAUUCCUCAAGUCUCCAAAGUUCCCUAUUUGGAUCCUUGGCAGUGAAACUCACCUCUCAGUGUUUUUUACCAAGGAGAUGUCGCUGGUCGGCCCAGAGUCUCCAUCAGAACAGGCAAGAAGAGUCUUCCAGUCAUUCGAUCCUGAAGAUAAUGGUUUUAUCCCGGAGUCUCUGCUGGAGGAUGUGAUGAAAGCCCUUGACCUCGUCUCAGAGCCUGAGUAUGUCAGUCUGGUGAAGAGUAAGCUGGAUCCAGAGAGUUUGGGCAUUAUUCUUCUGGGCCCAUUCCUGUUGGAGUUCUUCCCUGAUCAGGAUUCCGGAAUCCCAGACUCAUUUCCUGUCUACCACUACAAUGGACUCAAACAGUCCAACCACAGCGAGAGGGUGGAGUACGUGGAGGGGACCGCUCUGGUGCUGGGCUUCGAGGACCCCAUGGUCCGAACGGACGACACGCCGGUCAAACGCUGCCUACAGACCAAGUGGCCCUACAUUGAGCUGCUGUGGACCACCGACCGCUCGCCAUCGCUCAAUUAGCAGUGGCACGGGACCGUGUGUCUGUGGCUGUGCCCUUGGCAGGUCAGCAGGCCGAGCCGUACGACGCAGACCAGUGGGAGCAACACAAAUGAGUCAUACAUGCCUGAGAUCCAUUCUUUCACUCACACAUUCCACACACGUGUAAAUUCACCUUUAUAGUCCAUGCUGUUGUCUGUUCACCAUAGCUUAUACUCUGACACGCAGGAUGUUUGUGAUGUGAUUAUUUUCAAAAAGUGAAUGACCGACACCUCUGCUACCGUUUAGUAGUAGACAGACACUGUUAGGAACACAAAGUGGUUAUUAGGGUGUGUCACCACAAAGGCGUCCAGUCGAACUGUGAAACACUACUACUGUUAAUCCAGCUCUAGAACUGUUUGAGGGAAAAUCUACCAAAGCCUUCCACACAGGGGAACACACUGAUAAGUGUUUACAGCAAAAAGGGAACAACCCAGAGGGAGAAAACUGGAGAUGUGACGCCAUUCUUCAGUGUUUUUACCAAGGCGAUGCUAAUCUAGGUGCUGUGUGCGUGUGCGCGCGUGAGUGUAAGUGUGUGUGUAUGCGGGCGUGCAAAUGUGUAUGCGUGUCAAGCACCAACACAAUGUUGGCCAAGUGCUCAUGUAUUUAUUAUCACACUCAAAGGUUCUGGAAUAAACACGUUUUUUUGUUGAAA